UUGCUUCCUCUUUCCUCAGAGCACAUUGCUGCUGGGAGAACCUAGGUGGUAUGUGUGAGCGAGAUGGGCAAUGGGACUCCUAUUAAUAUGAGCUGGGCUGGACUAAUGCAGAUUCUGCUGGUUGUGGUCCAUCUGCAGCAGAUAAUAUGUGGUUCUGUCCGGUUUUCCAUCCCAGAGGAACAGGCACCAGGUGUCCUGGUGGGGUCACUUAGUGAACACUUUCGACCUCCGUACCAGCUACUGACGCAGAAGUAUCUGUGGAUGGACAAAAACACUGGAGAUUUCUACACCACUGAGGAAAAGAUGGACCGCGAGGCCCUCUUCCCUGAGGAAACAAAAACUGAGGAAUGCAUUAUUUUACACAAUGCUGUCGUGGGGCCCUCAGGCGACCUUAUACAGUUCGCAGUGAUCAUAGAGGACAUCAAUGACAACGCGCCUCAUUUUGAAAACAGUGAAAUACACUUGAAGAUGUCUGAAGACGUGUCUGUGGGGACCAGUUUCUUAUUGGAUGACCAGGCUCUGGACAGGGAUGCUGGGUAUAACAGUGAGCUGUCGUAUCAGCUUGAAGAUUCUGAUGGAGUUUUCAGUUUAACAGUAGAAGACGGGCCUGUCAUCAUGCUGGUUGUGCAAACAGCUCUGGAUAGGGAGACUCGGGACAUGUAUCAGAUGACGCUGGUGGCCACUGACCGUGGCACAGGCCCUUUAAGUGCUACAGCGACUUUAAUAGUCACAGUGACAGAUGUUAAUGACAACUGUCCAAGCUUUAGCCCCGACAGCCCCCGCAGCGUCAGAAUCCCCGGAGACUCCCCGAAGAACAUGCUGGUUGCUCAGGUCAGGGCCACAGACCCAGAUUCAGGCUCGAAUGCUGCCAUUGUGUACUCCCUCAGUCCCAAAGUCUCAGAGCAGGCCAAGAAUCUCUUAAGCCUUGACAGCCUCACUGGGUCCAUCAGACUAACACAGGACCUCCAGAGUGACAGCUCCGAGGAGCUGCUGUUGAAAGUGUUAGCUAGCGGUCAUCACUGCCCCCCAGCAGACACUCAGGUAACUGUAUCCGUGCUCCACAAGGCCAACCAAGAGCUGGCAAUCAAGAUCGGGUUCAUAGUGGAGCAUCAAAAUGAGACUAUGGUGUUACCAGAGAACCAACCCCCCACUGUCUUAGCUGUUUUAGAGCUUGAGGGUGACAGCAGAUUUGAAGGCUCAUCUAUUGCCAUUGAGGGCGAGGUACCUUUCACUCUGAGCCCACAGAAUGGCAAAUAUCUCCUUUCCACAUCAAAGGCCCUAGACUAUGAGAUGAAAAGAGAACAUCAUAUUUUUGUUGUAGUGCAUGCUGAAGGAUCUGUGAUCACUCAUUCCAGGCGUGCGAUCAGGGUGUUGGUGGCAGAUGUCAAUGAUAAUGCUCCAAUUUUUGUCCAGUCUCACUGCAAGCUGGAGGUGGAAGAAAACAACCAGCCAGGGAUGUCACUGCUGAAGGUCUUGGCAACCGACGCAGACAGUGGAUACAACGGCAGGGUGACCUACAGUCUGGACAAACACACAUCUUCCAUCUUUAACAUUAACCCCAAUACAGGUCAGCUGUCUGUGUCAGCCAUUCUGGACAGGGAACGGCAGGAUGCACACACACUCACUGUGUUAGCACAAGAUAGCGGCUCUCCUCCAUUAGAGUCAGCGGCCACAGUAUCCAUUCAAGUGCUGGACCAGAAUGACAAUGCACCCGUUUUUAUAACCCCUCACUUUAUCUUUUUCAUGCCUGAGAAUGUAAAACCGUUUGCCCAGGUGGGGAGGGUUAGGGUGACAGACCCAGACGAAGGAGCGAAUGGGAACACAGAGUUGCAUGUUGUGAGCAGCAGUGGACCUUUUGUUUUGGAUAACACCCUUGGGACACUGCACACCACCACCGACUUAGAUCGCGAGACGCACGACCGUUAUGAACUCUACCUGCUGGCUAGCGAUCACGGGCACCCGGUCGCUUUGACUUCCACUGCCAGGGUAACUAUCUUUGUGGAGGAUAUAAAUGACAACCAGCCGAAAGUUGUCCUUCCAAGCAGCAACUCCUCCUGCCAGACUGUCUCUCAAACAGCCGUUACAGGCACCAUUGUAACAAAGGUCUUUGCCAUUGACGCGGACUCAGGGCUCAAUUCGGAGAUUACUUACACUGUUGUGAUGCCAGACCCAGUGCAAAACACCAGUCCCUUCCGAGUAGAUUCAAUGUCAGGAAACAUUACUGUAGCCCAGCAACUCCUACAGAAAGACCUGGGAAUGCAUCACCUGUUCAUUGUGGUCCGAGAUGGGGGGAAGCCAGCUCCACUUUAUACCACUGUCUGGGUUAAUCUGUUGGUCAACGAGAGCGUGGGGCCCUGCCACUUGGACCGGGAGCCCACCUGGUCAGGGACAGCUGACUUGGUUCAAACCCCCCAAAAGACCCAAAUCUGUGAGGCAGUGGACAUCAGAUCUGCUCAGCUGACACUGUUGGUAGGCCUUGGUAUGAUACUGGUGUCCACAUGUUGGCUUGUGGCGACAGUUGUUUUACACCUGAAGCAGAGGAGACUUCAUCAUAAAAAUAGGGGGCACAUUGAGGAGAAUGAGAUUCCACUCAGGCUUCAAGACAAAUAUUACUAACAGAAUAAAGCAAGCAAUGUGUGUAAUCCUCACUCGCACUUUGUCAAGGAUGAAAUCAGUCUGUAAUUCAAAUACAUUCUGAAUAUUUGUCAAACUCGUCUUGCAUUUUGAUAUUGAGUUAUUCUGAUACAAUGUGUGUUCAAACUGGGACAAAUCUGUGAAAAUAAAGUUGAUACAUUUUCUGAUAA